GGUAACCCCUAGAACGAGACUUCAAUACUAACGCGUAAUGAUUAGCGUGUGAGUCAUGAACGUCACGAUACACAAUCCCCGCAUGGCCGGGUGUGCCCUAGUAACAUUCAUUCGCUCCUCUGCGUCGACGUCAAGCUCACCACAACAUGUUCUUAAACGGAAAUAAAUUGUUUUUAUUAUUGGCUACUAAUGUCGUCAUAUGUACUGGAGCGCUACCGACUGGACCAAGUAGAAAUAAUGAGAUGAAUAACGUCGACCCUACAUUAACACCACUGCAGACAAUCUCGCAAAUUAACUAUCUACUGUGUGGACAAUAUGCGGUUUUAAAUAAAACCCUGCGAGCUGUGGAAGUUCGCUGCUACGACGACAAGCCUGAGUCCGAAUACAAGCUUUCUUCGCCCGAUUGUGGAUGCUUAGAUGGUUACAUGCGGAAUUCGGCCAACGUUUGCAUCAAAGCUUCAGACUGUGUUCCAGUGUCCAAUGGAUCCAGUUCCUCAAGAAGUGAACCAGUGGGCAAACGCAUUGUAUUGAUUAUUUGCAAUGCAAUCGUUGGUGUCGGGUACAUUAUGUCAUACAUCGCGAUCAUGUAUACAAUCGUGUAUUUCUUUCGUUCUCAGUUAUCUGCCAAAAAUUGGAUGGUCAGAUAG